AUGAUAAAAAAAAAAAGUGUGGGGUCCAAAGAAAGUGAAGAUGAAGAAAGAGUAAAUGAUAUAAAAUUAGAUGCUGAAGACUAUAUUAUGAAAAGUGAAACAACUGAAAGAACACAAAUAUAUCAUGAUGAUUUGUAUGAUAAUGAUAUAAAAAUAUGCUUACCAGCAAGAGUAGGCUUUCUUAAAGCCGUUCAAUCCAUGGCAUCUGGUAUAAAAUGGGGAUGGGGAUUUACAAAUACACCCAGAGAGCCAUCAAGUUAUUAUAUCAACGAGAUAUUAUGUGGUUGCAUAUUAUGUUUAACUAUGCUACCUGAAAUGAUAUCAUUUUCGAUGAUUGCCAAAAUACCACCAUAUAUUGGAUUGCAAGGCGUGUCAUUUUUAUCUUUAAUAACAUCUAUUUUUGGAGGAUCACCUGCUGUUGUGCAUGGUGUUACAGGGGCAUUUGCAUCUGUGUGUUCAAACUAUCUUAUAGAAAAUGGUGCUGGAGGUUUACCAGAAGGAAUAGAAAGGCUAUACAUUUGUAUAUUAAUAUGCUCAAUUAUGCUAUUAUUUUUUUCCUUUUUUCAUAUGUCAGCUUUAAUACAAUUAAUUCCAACGCCUGUUUUUAUUGGCUAUUGUAAUGGAUUAUCUAUUAUUUUUUUAAUGGCACAAUUACAUACCUUGGAAAAUCCAUAUACUCAUGAAUAUAUAACAGGAUACCAUUUAUUUUUUUUUAUUCUCAUAUGUACCCUUGUAGUUUUGAUAGUUGAGCUCUGGAAGAAAAUACCUAAAUAUGGCCAGAAAAUUCCCUCAUCGCUAGUGGCAAUAGCAGUCACGAUAUUUAUUGAGUUUAUCAUUCUUCGAACAAUUUUACACAAUUUUGAGACUUUUAAAAAUGUCAAAUCAUUUACAGUAGGGGACAUGUUUUCAUUCACUUCUGAAAAAGCAAAACCUAUUUUUUUAUUUUCAAACAAGGACUUAGAUUUUUCAAAAGUUUCUAUUAAUAUGGACUUAAUUAAACAAUUAGUAAAUAUGUUUGUAGUUUUACUAAUAGAAGUACUAAUGGUUAGUGAAGUUAUUAAAGGGAUGGGAGGUGCAGAUUGUGAUACUAACGAAACUAUAUUUUCUCUUUUUAUUGGAAACUUAUUAGCUACAUUAGGAAGUGCAGUUGGAGGUAGUAGUUUAUUAGGGUUAUCCGUUUUAAAUUAUAGAAAUGGUGCAAGAGGAAAAGAGAGUGGACUUGUAGCAUCUAUUUUAAUUUAUGGAAUAUUAUUAUUUGGCUAUUCUUUAUUAAAUUAUAUACCAUUAUCUUUUUUAUGUGGUAUUAUGAUAACAGUUUUUCUUCACUGUUUUAGAUGGUUUUCAUUACCGAUUAUAUUUUUUACUUUUUGUCCGGCCCAUAUUCGAAAUUGCCACCCAUGUAUGAGCCGAAAAAUAUCCAGAUGGGAUGCCUUCAUAAUUGUGCUCGUCACAGUCUUAUGUGCGGGGGUAAGUGUUCCAGCAGGUGUACUAACUGGGGUAGUUUUAUCCUCCUUAGUAUAUGUAUGGCAAAGUAAAUCAACCUUCAAAUUUGAAAUUUUCUAUGACAAAGAUACGGAUACUAAGUACUAUGAAAUUGAAGGACACUUGUUUUAUGCAUCGAAGAAAAUGUUUACAAGAUUAUUUAGAUAUGAAAACGAUAGUCAAACUAUCAAUAUUGUACUAAAAGGAAAAAGCACAUUGUUUGAUUACACAGCUAUUGAAGCACUAACAUCUGUAAAACAUCAAUAUAGUAUUAACAAUAAAACUGUUAAUAUUCAUGGAUUAAGUCAUGAAUGCAUUAAAAAAAUUGCAAAAAUGAAUCAUCUAUGUAAACAAAUUGAUGUAGAUCUUGUUAAAGUUGAAACACCUGUUGUACCAUUAUUAUACAAACCAUUACAAACCAUACUUAUGACACCUAAAACGAUAAGACGAAGAAUUAUUUCUAAAAAUAAAAAAGAUAAAAAAAAAAGUCCGAGCCAAGAUAAAGUACCAGAGGAUCUUGAUAUUUAG